CAAUUAUGACCAAUCUAAUAGGAGCGCUGAUCGCCUGUUUGGGUUUCUUGGUCUUUAUCCUACUGGUCAUUGGCUUUUGGUAUUUCCACAAGAAUCAGGCGACUAAAAGUUCAAAAAGAACUGCCAAAGACCUUCAGGUUUUGGAGCAGUCCGAAAUCCAUCCGAUCAGAAUAGAAUUUCUCGAAGCACUGGGCGAAGGAGCGUUUGGAAAAGUUCACAAAGCAAGACUUAAGGAUAGUUUGGAUCUUUUUGCAAACGAUGAAAAAUUUUUUGGAAGAAAAAAGCAGUCAAAGACUGUAGCAGUGAAAGAAUUACAUGAACGCGCUGACGAGGAGCAAAGGAGAGAAUUUUUAGAAGAGAUUGACCUCAUGAAGCAAGUGGGAAAACACCAGAAUGUGUUGAGUUUCCUAGGUUGUUGGACCACAACCGAACCUUUUCUUCUGAUGCUCGAGUAUGUAGCUCAUGGAGAUUUGCUUCAAUGGCUGAAAAGGAAAAGGGUCCAGAUUAACAGUUCCACCAGCAGCUGCCCAGAGGGAAUUAGUUUUUAUGCUGAAAGCACGAAUCUCAAAUCAACUGCAGGAGAGGUCAGUGAUGUACGAGGCAAGAACAUACCAGAGGCAUGCAACUCUGCCCCUUCUCCUGGUGACACAUCACAACCAACUGAAGCUAAAAUUCCUCUGGUUGUUUUCUCCACUAAGCUGCAAGAGGGUGACGCUUUGCCGGAGAAGAAAGACGAUGAGUGCAGUGAUGAUUGCGAGUCAUUUAUUCCGGCUGAUCUCAUGUCCAUGGCUUGGCAGAUCGCAAAAGGCAUGGCCUACCUUUCCGGAAAGGGGCUAGUCCAUAGAGAUCUUGCGGCAAGAAACAUUCUAGUUGGACACAGCAAACGGCUCAAGAUUUCAGACUUUGGUCUAAUGCGAGAAAUGUACCAUGAAAUGUAUGAGGUAAAAAAGCAUACAAAGCUACCAAUCAAAUGGAUGGCGCCUGAGUCACUUUAUAGGCAGAUAUUUACGUCAAAAAGUGACAUUUGGUCUUAUGGAGUAGUCAUGUGGGAAAUCGCGACUGUCGGUGGUUCUCCAUAUCCACUGUUAACCAAUACAGAGGUCAUGAGACGUUUGAAGACAGGUUACCGCAUGGAAAAACCUGAUUUGUGCUCAGAUCAUGUUUACUCUUUGAUUUUGGAUUGUUGGAAACAAGACCAAGAUGAACGGCCUAGUUUUCAAGAGAUGGUUGGAAGGCUAGAAGAGCUGAUGCAUCAAGAAGCUGAAUAUUUUGAUUUUAACGAAAUGGACGAGUCAAAAGAUUAUUAUCAGGUGCAGGAUUCAGAGGCUGAAGACUUGGAAGAUGGCGAAGAUAAUCAUGAGAAUGAUAAUGUAAAUUCUAAUUUACUGCAUAACUGACCCUGCUAACUUAGUGCACUUUAUUUUCUCUCUGUCGCGCAUCAUAGCGCAUUUUGCGGGCUAACAGGGAGAUUUUGGUAGUCUAAAAUAACGCAUUAGUUGGACAGAGCGGAAAAAAAGGAGAGAAGCUCUGAUGAAGCCAGCGACCCGACGCAAAUCUCCUCUCCUUUCUUUCUGCCUACCUAUCACCCUCCUUAUGGACAAGUAGAACAGGCUGUCUGAACACCCCUCUUGCAGCGCACGUGACAUGAAGCUAGUCGAUCGUGCGACACGUGUAAUUUGCCUAAGUUGGUUUUGUUCGAUUGAAUUUAUAACGUGAAUUGGCCCCAGUUAAAAGUUUCGAGCGUCAGCCCUUCUUCAGAGCGAAGGUGUGUCUAGGAUAUAUGGGAAAGGUGCCGCACGCCUAACGGUUUAAUUUUACCAAGGGAUUUUUUUUUUGCAAGAAUAGCCCUGACCAUUACCCUCUUUCACAGCCCCUUGCAGCUUUCGUGUUGUUUUUUUAUGUACAUUUCAGCUGGGGAUAACAAACGUCGAGGGCGUUUCAGUACUACACUGACAUCCUCGAUGUAACAUUCUUGAUUAAGGAUUUAGCAUGCAUCUUCGGAAAAAUUUUGGUCAAAGAUUCAUAUUUAGCCGAAAAUAACCCAGUGCGCCCCAUAAAACGGGUGUUCAUUAUUUCUUUGGAAAGUGUUGAAGGUCUUUGUUAAGUUCCAGCAAAGUCAAUCUCCCCAGGUUCAAAACCCUGAAAACAUCUACAUUGUGCCUCAAAAACAUCCCUUAACUUCAUUAUUCGAAAAACUUGUAUCGAUGCGUCUUACAUCUUCCUCACUCAUAAAAUAAGUCGGUAAAUUGUUAGUUGCAUGCAUAACACCCAGUGAAGCAUAUGUAAAUAGCUAUGGUUUACAAAUUCAAUUGGAUAAGAAGGAAAGAACGUAAAAAGAAACAAAGCUGAAAGGAUGGGUGUAGGUGUGUGAGAAGAUUUGUAAGGUAUGCAAAUUUCCUUGCACUUUCACACGCUUCCAUGAAUACCUAGGUUCGGUUUCUUCUGACGGGGUGCCCUCACAUUUUCAAACACCCACAAAGCUUGCCAAAAACCUUGCCAUGCAAGACGUGCAAGGACCCGUUGUUCAGUACCAGCGACGGUGAACACGCAAAGCAUGUGAGCUAUAACUAGUUUUUGCGGAAUACGGAUUAUGGCAGAUAAUUGGCGCUAAUUGCUGUUCUAGUUUUACAACAGUGAAACACUGCCCCAGAAAUCACAUUUUUAGAUGCCCUCUGUCGCAAGAGGUCCUAGACUAUAACACUUCAAAAUUAGAACAAGAAACUUCCUGUGAUGUGUUUAAACCCUGAUCUCGAGAGAGUUUGUCAUAACUUGCGGGAAUAUCGUUUUGAGAGACCAAUUCAGGGUGCCUCAAACAUUUCAAGUGAUCCUUUGUUUCUUUCACGUAAGGUUAAAUGAGUGUUCAGAAGUUACGCAUCUCUUAGAUUUUCCAUUCUUUAUUGAGAUUAAACAGGUGAAAUGUUCCAAA